AUGGUUGUUGAUGAUAGUGAGCUGUUCAGGUCUAUGGUUAUUGGGAAGUAUGAAAGUGUUGAGGACCUUGUGACGCGGUUGGGACGUUUUCAGAUUGCGACGGCGACUUGUUUUUCCCGUGCAUCUUCCAAGUCUGCUGCGGCAUACCAUCGUGGAAGGAGGAAGCCGGUUCCCGAUGGGGAAUGCUGCGGUUACAUCAUGUACCGUUGCGUUCAUCGUAAACGUUCAGCACCACGUGGCAAGCGAUACAAAUCGUACGAUUGCAAGGCUCGGUUCUCCGUGGUUUUGAAAGAUGGGAAAUAUGUCGUGGGGAGUUACGUCAUGACGCAUAGUCAUGAUUUUCACGUGGGCAACCCAUGGUUGCAU